UGAGAAUCGUUGUCAGCCUUCUUUUCCGGAUCAAAAAGUGCGAAACCCUUGAAGCAAAAUCUCCGGGAACGACCAAAAUAGUGAGGCUUGAUAGGAGAGAAAUCGACCUUCGCUUCGCUUCAGGUUGAACCAUGACGUCGAUCUCUCCUUUUCCCCUGGCGAAUAUGUACAGCCGUUUCUCGAAGUGAGAUACAAGUAGAGCUGGUUGCGAAUGGGAAGAAGAGGACAGGAGCAGAUUAUACUUGUACAUGAAGAGAAGGACCGAGUCGAACAGCAUUCAUCUCUGAUGAAGCUUUGGCCGGUUAAACACUGUCCGCCGAAUCCCCCAAUAGCACAGACCCGUGGAGGCCCAUGCCGCUCGUCGCCGGCGCACCAUCCCGCACCACCAUCUUCCUGGGCGACUUGAAUUGGCGGGUAGGAUAAUGGGCGAUUCCGUUGCAUCUUCCACCAAGUCUCCUACCUCCGAAUUCAGAUACAGCCUUCAAGGUUUGCCCUACACCGCGACAGUGGCAUCGCACAAGCCCAUCAGGGUCACGAGCUCAACAUCGUUACAUCGGGUGCCUGACCUCGACACCGACGAACCUCAGCGAUCUCCGCCAGCAGGGGACAACGCGUCGACAUCCUCCAAUAGGAAAUACCUUACCGACGCGUCGCCGCACGAUGGAGAAAUCCUUCGAACCGCAUUUUCUGAUUCAAUCUCCGCACGAGACAGUCAGACAAGUCUCAAUACGAAGGCCCCGACAAUAAGCAGCCUGACCUCUGCCGCUCUCAGCGUGCCUCAGAUCCGCCGAGACGACAGCAACUCCAAAGAAUCCACUCUGGACCGGCGCAGUGGUGGCAGUGCCGGAGAGAAUGGGAAAUGGUUCCUUUUCAAUAAGAAUCGCUCAGGCUCAAUAAAAUCUGGAGAGGAGGCGGAGAAGAACACAAACGGAAUAUCGUUGGACAUAAAAAUACCCACAGGCGCAUUCGGCGAUGAGCUCUCUUCCAGCAAUAUCGAAUUCUCAAAAAGAGGAAGUGUAUUGAUCGAUGGACGACGAGUGAACCAGUUGAACAAUCGCAAAUCCUCACCGAGACUUGCGUCGAUCAUGGACGAGGAAAAGAACGAAAAUGCAACGCGAUUCACUGCGGCCCCUAACGGCGAGAAACGUUCGGCCUCAAUGCCUGUCACUACGUCUGCAACGACGUCUAGAAUCGUCAGAGACCGGCCAACAGCGAAAGUUCUUUCGGCUGACGAGGAGAUGCUCUCAGAGAAGGUACGAGCCUUUUAUGAUGCGGGCACAGAUGAACAACUACAAACCGAAUCAUCCACAAACCUCGCCGCUCGGAUGGGUGCGAGAUGGCAGACAACAUUGGCCGCCGACAACCAAAGCGCCAGUGUACCUUCAUUGUCGCGCGCUACAUCGACCACGGACAUCAACGAAAGCCUUAAUAGCUCCAGACAGCCCAGCAUGACGGCCUCGGCAUCACAAACGCAUAUGGUGUCGGAUCGCGAGGAGAAUGAGCUGGCUGGGGGUCUGGAAGAUUGGAAGGACAUCGAUAACGCAGACGUGGACCGGUAUGGCUUCAUCGUCGCCCGAGCGCCCACGGGACCAGUCGACGGUGCCAAUGAUUCCAGACCCCAACGCUUGACGCGAAUGUCUACAAGCUUACAGCUCGCCUCGGAAACACCACGGCGAAAGGUGACCAUCCGCCGCACUCCCAGUAGCGCUCAUGGCUCCCCGAGAUCCGGUCAGAGCAGAUACAGCGGCGCGGAUCAGACUCCUCCACGUCCAACCAGUUCACAGAGUGGUUAUGCACGGACGCCAACGAGUCGCAGGACUGUCUCUACACGCAUUCUCGGCAAAGAUCGCCGUCUUAUGGAUUCGGCCAUGGAUAUGCUCACGCUACCUCGAUCAGCCAGGUCUGUCGUUGAGGACGGCCACGUACAUAUUGACGACGCCCGCGCCCGUCGCAAAGAGCUCGAACGUGAAGAGAAGUGGCGCAAAAUGGCACGGGAGAAACCACCCGCUACAGAUCCCAAAACUCGCAUGCCAGUCGUUGGUGGUGGCUCUGACACUGGAUACACAUUCGAUACACGCUCCCCCAAACUCAUUGAACGGACGUGGAAAGGCAUCCCAGACAAAUGGCGGGCGACGGCGUGGCACAGUUUCCUUAGCACCUCUGCAUCAUGGCGCAAAGGUUGUCUGAGCGACGCCGAGCUUAUUGAGUUGUUUCAUUCGUAUCAGUCCGAGUCCUCACCCGACGACGUGCAAAUCGAUAUUGACGUCCCACGUACCAUCUCCGCUCAUAUCAUGUUUCGAAGGCGGUAUCGUGGCGGACAACGUCUGCUCUUUCGUGUUUUACACGCAAUGUCUUUGCAUUGCCCGGAUACAGGGUAUGUUCAAGGCAUGGCGGCGCUGGCGGUGACAUUGUUGGCAUACUACGACGAGGAAAAAGCCUUCGUCAUGCUUGUGCGGAUGUGGGAGCUGAGAGGGUUAGGUGAGCUCUACAAAGCAGGCUUUGGAGGGCUCAUGACGGCGCUCUCAGAUUUUGAAGGAUCCUGGUUGGGGCAGGGUGAGGUUGCGCGGAAAUUGGAGGAACUCAACAUCGGUCCCACCGCCUACGGCACACGCUGGUACCUCACACUUUUCAACUACACGAUCCCCUUCCCCGCUCAACUUCGUGUCUGGGACGUCUUUAUGCUUCUGGGCGACGAUAGUACGCCCAAACAACGACCGGCAAGCAGAGCGACAGGCCAGCCAGAAUCACAACCGGAGGCCGAACCUCAACCGGACUUUGGCACGACGCUGGAUAUCCUGCAUGCGUCUUCGGCGGCGCUGAUCGAUGGCAUGCGCGAUAUUCUGUUGGAGUCCGACUUCGAGAACGCCAUGAAAGUGCUUACCUCGUGGAUCCCUAUACAGGAUGAAGAUCUGUUCAUGCGCAUCGCCAAAGCAGAGUUCAAAAUGCAUUUGAAGCAUGAUGGCUCGAAAGGUGGGGGGAAAGCAGGAAGGGGAGGAUAAUGGAAGCCAAGGUGUAAUGCAUCUGGCGAAGCAGGACAACCCCAUCUGGUGAUGAAGAGCAAAAUUUUAUGAUUCAAUCGGAUUUGAUUGCAUGGGCGUGUCAGCCCGUUUACUGUUAUGCACUUGGAGCGUUGUGAGCUGCGUUCAUGACCGUGUGUUCGUCAUUUCCAGGGAGACGAACUUCUACCAUUUACCUAUGCUUCUUGACAUCACUUUCGAGCAUCAAAUUGAUUGAAGCUGAAUAGAGGAAGAGAUACGGUACAUAUUUAUCAUGAGCUAAUAUGAUGAAAGGCACUCAUGGCCAGGGGAGCCGGUUCCAUCUAGUACUCACAUACGGCUGUUGUCAAAC